UGCCGAGCAUCAACAAUCACGCUGCCACGUUGACGCAAACUGCGUGACUGAUCAAAGAACGCGUACACUGCUCACAGAUGUCGUGAUUAUCUAUCAAGGCUCACCAAUCUUGAAUUGAUUUGCUAUCGAACCAUACAGACAGAACCUCUUAACUCUUGUUCACCAGGCAAUAAAAGGUCUAUAUUUCGAAAACACUCAUGGCAACAGCAUGGAGAACCGAGUUGAGUUUUUCGGACCGGCUCGCUAACGUCCAUAAAAUCAGCUUCACAUAUCGAGGGGCCAGUUCAUCUGCGACGCCUGCCGAAGCGCAGGGUGAAGCUACCUCUGUUGAGACCGCAGCCUUCAAUGAAGCUACCUCUGUAAACACACAAGACAACCAGCGGGGUGAUACGAGCGUCAAGCUUGAUCUUGGCAGUUAUAAAGGUGCCACAUUUUACGAAAAUGGCCUUUUUUCAGCCAUCUACAAAGCAACUGCACCAAGUCAGAAACCCCCCGAUGCUUCUGAGGUAUACAAACCUGGUGCACUAGUUGCCCUGAAGUUGACGAGACCAUCUACCAUGGGACCACCACACGACUCUCUACGAGAAGCGCGAAUCUUAAGGUACGCCCAGGGUCCAGGUAUCGUUCCUCUGUGGGAUUCAUUUCAUCGAUCAGGGGGCGAGUUUGUCCUUGUGUUUCCGUUCUUGCGUCACGAUCUAGAGGAGCUCCUGGUUCAGAGAAACUUGUCCAAGGAACAAGCCGUCUUGAUACUGCGAGAUGUGUUCACUGCCCUGGCUCAUAUUCAUUCCAAGGGUAUUAUUCACCGAGAUGUAAAACCGAGUAACAUUCUGAUCAAAUCACUCGACGGUCCUGCAUACUUGGCAGAUUUUGGUAUCGCCUGGUCUGAGAGUGAUUCUGCGUCUGAGAAAGCAGACAGGAAGAUUACUGAUGUAGGUACAACCAGCUACAGGCCUCCUGAGCUUCUGUUCGGUCAUCAAAGCUAUACUUCUGCCUCUGAUAUGUGGGCAGCCGGAUGCGUUGUGGCUGAAGUCGUCAAUCAUAGCCAAAAACCCCUAUUUGAAUCUGGUGAGUUGGGCAGCGAAUUGACUCUUAUUCACAGCAUGUUCCAGAAGUUGGGUACACCAACUUUAGAUGUUUGGCCUGAAGCUGCGAAAUUUAGAGAUUGGGGCAAGAUGCAGUUCUUCCGAUACCCUCCUCGAUCAUGGUCUGACUUGCUUCCCCACGCCUCGGAAGUUGAGCGUGAUCUUGUGAGGAGAUUGGUCUGCUUCGAGAGUGGCCAGCGUCUGAGUGCAGUUGAUGCCCUGCGUCAUCCAUAUUUCCUGUGAAGCGAACAAUAAGUCAUGGAAAUGGCAGCCGAGUCGUACAGCAAUGAAUGACACGUGCAAUGAAAGGAGAAGGGGAUGUGUACAUAAGUCUUAUAAUGCCACCCAUAUUCGGGCAUAUAGAAAUUAGCAGAAGCGUAACAUACUGCAAUGAUGCGCUGGCAACUCCGAGAG